UUUACUCAAAAUGUUUAUAAAUAUAUAUACGCUUUCUCAAUUACGUGUGUUAGUAUCAUCCGGUCGACUCACAAAACUAAUGUGAACAAAUAUGCUCUGACAUGAAUGAAAAAAGCUAGGCGUGAAAACGUCCUUUGACGUAAUAUGAAAGCCAUGUCACGUAGCUCAUACGUUACACACACACAUACACACAUGUAUAUAUAUAUAUAUAUUUAUAUUUAUAUGUAAUGCAUAGAGAUUAGAUUCAGUGUGUAAGACAGACAGAUGACCGUCACUACAGUAAACACUUGGAAUGAAAGUAGAAAAACUUUCGCCUCUACACCAAGAAAGAAAUCGCUGAUCAGUUUACCAAUUAUUUCGGAAAGAAAUGUUGUUACAGACAUGGUGAAAGAAAGCGGAACGAAACAGUGCUGCCCUGAAACAAAAUCUAAAACUACCAAAAGAUAUCGAUUUACAAAAGAUGACCCAGACGACUCUGAAGCAUGCCAAAGGAUAAUAAUGGAGGUUAUGAAAGAACGUUUAGUGACAUCAAAGAUUUCAGCCCUGAAAGGUCGUCUGCAGAUGUUGACAUUAAUGGUAAAUGAUUGUGAAGAAUAUUUGCGACAAAAAGAGCAACUCCGUUUACGGCAGAAGCAAAGGAAAACUAUAUUUCAAAUUAUUUUAGUGACAGUUGUCAUUAGCAUGAUAUUAUUUAUUCCAUUUUUGUACAGUCAACUGUAACGUAGCACCGGGUUCAGUCCCACUGCGUAGCUCUUUGGGCAAGUGUCUUCUGCUAUAGCUCCCGAACUAACCAAAGCCUUGUGAGUGGAUUUGGUAGACGGAAACUGAAAGAAACCCGUGGUAUGUAUAUGUAUGCUUGCAUGUAUGAAUACAUGCGUCCAUCCUCGCACCACUGUAACUUACUGGCUCAGCAAAAGUAACCCGAAAGGAUAUUUACCAAACUUUAAAAUAUUAAAAACCGAGAUCGAUUCAUUUGGCUAAUAACUUUCAAGGAGGUGCCCCUGUACGGAUGCAGUCCAAUGACUGAAACAAUUAAAAAACAAAAGAUACAUUCAUCGGCCAAGCAUGAUCUUGGCUUCACCGCCGCCCGCACCACAUCUUAUUUUCCUGUAUCCUGACUUUCAUCAAUGUCUGUGCCUUAAGGCUUCCACUUUACACGCCAGCUCAACUUAACUUGUCCUUAUUAAGCGAAAGACAGCUGUUGUUGUUUGUAUUUGUAAUCGUGUAACAUUUUCUCCGUUUUCUCGUUUUUUUUGUGUGUGUGUCUCUGUUGUCGCACUUAUUCACUGAUUUCUUCCAAAAAUUUAAUGCCCAUAGCUUAGAUUUUUGGAGCUAACCAAUUUUGAGCAGUCUCAAGUGUAAGAGACCGAAACUGUAAUGAUGAUUGGAGACUUGACUGAUAAAAGAAAGGCACAAAUGUUCCGUCCUGAUUUUUCCUGUCCGUCUUUGUAUCGUAUAUCUGUCCAUAUGUUCUUAUUAUCGUGUUACGUUCUUAUUAUUCCGUUUUGGGAAUUUAUAUGUACAUACAUACAUACAUACAUACUUAUAUCAUAUCAUAUUUAUUCUAUUCUUUUCAAAUUACGCUAUUUGGCAGUACGUUCUGCUAUUCAUUAAUCUGUCAUUCAGUUAAUUUGUAUAAACAGAACGAUUGAUAUGUGUAGAUGCUGUUUGUCUUCAGUUUGAAUAAGUUAUUCAUUUUUUUUUUUUACUUUGCUUUAUACCACCUCGAUGAAUCUGAUGGGAUAACAAAACAUUAUGAUCAUAUUGUAAAUGUAAUUUUCAUCUAAUAAUAAAGCAUAUUCACCCAACAAA